ACCAUUGCAGCAGAGCAUCUCUUGGGGCUGGGCUGCUUUGGGGGAGGAGUGCUGCAUGGCUGGAGGUCCCCUUUAUCAGCCGGGAAGAAGCAUUACCAGGGUGUCUAGGUGCCCAGAAAGUGGGAGAGCCAAUGAAGAAACUUCAGACUGCUUCUUAGUGGAGAAUGAUGAAGUCCUCUUUACAUUCAGAAGAAGAUGACUUCGUGCCAGAGCUUCAGAGAAGCAUCCAUCCCCGAGAGAGGCCGGACUGGGAGGAGACCCUCAGCGCUAUGGCACGUGGUGCAGAUAUCCCUGACAUCACAGGGGAGUUACCGCUCCGGACCUGCGGCAGCACAGCAAGUAUGAAAGUGAAGAAUGUGAAAAAAUACAUCAACCCGGGACUGAUGGGCUGUGAUGCCUUUCACAGGUUAUCCUUUACAAAGGGUCAUUUCCCGAAGAUGGCUGAAUGUGCACAUUUCCAUUAUGAAAACGUGGACUUUGGCAACAUACAGCUUUCGCUCCCAGAAGAACAGAGCGAAGUGAUGAGGAACGGCUGUGAAUCCAAGGAACUUGUCUACCUUGUCCAGAUCUCUUGCCAGGGGAAGAGUUGGAUCGUGAAGCGCAGCUACGAGGAUUUCCGUGUUCUUGACAAGCAUCUCCACCUCUGCAUUUAUGAUCGGCGUUUCUCCCAGCUCGCAGAGCUGCCCCGCUCCGACGUGCUGAGGGACAGCCCAGAGCUUGUCACCCACACGCUGAUGGCUUACCUGUCCCGUCUCUCGGCCAUCGCAUGCAAUAAGAUCAACUGUGGGCCUGCCCUGACAUGGAUGGAGAUUGAUAACAAGGGGAACCACCUGCUGGUCCAUGAGGAGUCCUCUAUUAACAUUCCAGCUAUUGCUGCUGCCCAUGUUAUUAAGAGAUACAUUGCCCAGGCACCGGAUGAGCUCUCCUUUGAGGUGGGAGACAUUGUGUCUGUUAUUGAUAUGCCACCAAAGGAGUUGACCACCUGGUGGAGGGGCAAGCACGGAUUUCAGGUUGGAUUUUUCCCUAGUGAGUGUGUUGAACUAAUUAACGACAAAGUUCCUCAGUCUGUCACCAAUUCGGUGCCAAAGCCAGUGUCAAAGAAACACGGCAAGCUCAUCACCUUCCUUCGUUCCUUCAUGAAGUCCCGCCCAACCAAACAGAAACUGAAACAGAGGGGGAUCCUGAAGGAAAGGGUGUUCGGCUGUGACCUGGGAGAGCAUCUACUCAACUCUGGCCAGGAUGUCCCCCAGGUCCUCAAGAGCUGCACUGAAUUCAUUGAGAAGCAUGGCAUUGUGGAUGGGAUAUACCGCCUGUCCGGCGUCGCGUCCAACAUCCAGAAACUGCGCCAUGAGUUUGACUCUGAGCAGAUUCCUGACCUAACCAAGGACAAUUAUAUCCAUGACAUUCACAGCGUGAGCUCCCUCUGCAAAAUGUACUUCAGGGAGCUCCCGAACCCUCUGCUGACCUACCAACUCUACGAGAAGUUCUCAGAUGCUGUUUCUGCUGCUACAGAUGAGGAGCGGUUGGUGAGAAUCCACGAUGUCAUCCAGCAGCUGCCCCCUCCUCACUACAGGACACUGGAAUACCUAAUGAGACACUUAGCUCGUUUAGCUGAUUACUGCACCAUCACAAAUAUGCACGCGAAGAACUUAGCGAUUGUUUGGGCUCCAAACCUUUUAAGAUCAAAGCAGAUUGAGUCUGCCUGCUUCAGUGGAACAGCUGCCUUCAUGGAGGUGCGGAUCCAGUCAGUCGUUGUGGAAUUCAUCUUGAACCACACAGACGUCCUCUUCAGCUCCAAAUUCAGCUCAGUCAUACGAGAUGGAGCAGGACACAGUUCUUUAUCACGACCCAAGUCUCUGUUGGUGUCUUCUCCCUCCACAAAGCUGCUCACGCUGGAGGAGGCACAGGCACGGACACAAGGCCAGAUCAACUCCCCCAUGGUGACAGACAAUAGAUACAUUGAAGUGGGAGAAGGACCUGCAGCUUUACAAGGGAAAUUCCACACGGUCAUUGACUUUCCAUCAGAAAGAAAAAGACCGCCCAGUAAGAUGAAGAAAUCGCCCGUUGGCAGCUGGCGUUCCUUCUUUAACCUGGGAAAGUCAUCCUCUGUGUCCAAACGCAAACUGCAGCGCAACCCCAGCGAGCCCUCGGAGAUGAAGGUCAUAGCCCUGGCAGGGGGACGAGGAGACAGCGGGACUCUUCGCUCAGCUAAAAGCGAAGAAUCACUUACCUCUCUGCACGCCGUUGAUGGUGAAUCUAACCGGUUUCGACCCAGAAGACCCAGAUCCAGUAGUGAUGCACUGUCUGCUUCCUUCAAUGGAGAGCUCUUAGGAAGCAUGAAUCGCUGUAACUCUUAUGACAACCUUCCACAUGACAACAGUGAUGGGGAUAAGGAGCUCAUCCACGUUCCUGCCCUCAUUUCUCCUCGCUCUGCCGAAGACGUUGACCUGAGCCCACCAGAUAUUGGCGUUGCUAGCCUGGAUUUUGACCCAAUGUCUUUUCAGUGCAGCCCACCCCAAACGGAGUCUGAUUGCCCAGACAGCAGCACCUCCAUGCUGGAGUCCAUCGGCAUCAGUAAGGAGAAGCCGAGCCUCUUGAAGAAGGACUUAGAAUCAGGCAGCCAGUCCCAGACACCGGGCAGCGCCACGAGCUCUGAGCCAGUCUCUCCAUUCCAAGAGAAGAUGAGUCCCUUCUUUACUCUGGACCUGAGCCCGACCGAAGAGAAGACCUUCAAACCCAGCGACACCUCGCCCCAGAUGGGGAAAAAGCCCAUCAAAUCUCCACCGCUGACCACAUCAGAACCUGUCUCCUUUGCACUGCCCAGCUGCACGUCAGAAUCAAUUGGGGGGAUGCUCAUCACAACCAGAAACUCUUCCACUUCCAACUGGAGCGAAGAGAUUGGUAUCGCUGAAAUCACAAACAGGUUCCCAACCCAGAUGUCUUUACCUCUGAAAGAAACUGAAAGAGCAGCAGAGGAGGAAGCCCAUCAAGAGCUAAAGCAUGCCCAGAUAGUGGCUGCUGGCAAACCAGAGUUGCCAGAUGAAGGGGAGAGACCAAUGUCAAGCAGUCAGAAUAAGACUGUACCCAGUGGACACGCACAGCCAGGAGCAGUUGCCCUCGACUCCCCCCAGGAUCCUGUUCCUGUCAGUUCUGUGUCUCUUAUCCCUCCUCCUCCUCCGAAAAACGCAGCGCGCAUGCUAGCCCUAGCGUUAGCUGAGUCUGCACAGCAAGCAUCUGCUCAGUCUCAGAAAAAGCCAGGAGAUGCCCACUCUGAAAGCACCACUUAUGGAGAAAAUGAAGCUGCUACAGCUCUGGAAAAGCUCCAUCUCUCUGCUGGAGCUCCAGACAAGCUUCACCUGUAUACUGAUCUGCCUGAGAACCAGCUUCACUUCCAGACUAGUGCACCAGUUGAGCAGGAUUUUCAAGCUAGCAGCACAGCUCAGGAGCAGAACCACUCUCCAGGUGCACCUGGAAGUCAGGACCCCCAGCCUCUUCACACCAGCGUGCCUGGGGAUGUGCCUGCUAGAAGAGAUGCAGAGCAAGAACAGCCCAGCUACCUUGCUGGUCAAAUGGAGAACAAAGAGCAGUUCCCAGCCCCUGCUGAGGACUGGGAGCAGACACGGCAGCACGCUCCAGGGGCACUGCCCGACUGGGAGCCACCUACAACCGACUUACCUAUGGAUAAGCCCCACGUUCAUGCAUGCACGUCUGGGGACAAGCAGCUCACUUCCACCUGUUCAGCUGAUGACAAACUUGAGACUCCUGUAACUGCUGGGGAGAAAAGCACCCCAGUCCCAGUGCCAUACCUGACAACCAUCCAGACAGCAGCAGCUGAGCCUAAUCGUGCACCAACAUGUCAGCAUGCAGCUGGUCCAGCCCUCAUUCAGGCAGAUGGCACUGGCACUGCUGCACAGCGCACACCCACAGGCAGCCAGCCCACCCCACCGCAGAGGCAGGAUCACCAGUCUGCAGUGGGACAAGUGCCAGCGGCCUCUGCAAAAGCAUCCAGCAAUUCCAGUCAGGUUUGGGGUGCAGCUGCACCUGAAAAACCACCCGAGCCUACUCCUGGUUUUGCCACAGAAAGCACUUCCAGCAGCCACCGCUCCUCCUCUGUGCCCAGCAGCCACCAGAGCCGUUUGGAAAAGCCACGGGAGGGUACGAGGGCUCCCCUGCUGCACCUGCGCUCCGAGUCGGUCCCUACUCACUCCUCCUAUGGCUUCACUCCGCCUGUCCCACCCGUGAGAACGCUGGAGAGCAAAAUAGCUGCUGCCAUGCACUCCAACAACACUGACGCGAUCAACAACUCCAACUACCACGCCUUCCUGGCUUCCUCCAUGCUGGCCUCCUCCGUAGAGGAAGUCCUGCUGCCUCCUCCAGCACCGCCACCACCACCGCUGCCGCCACCACCCCUUGCUCCGCCGCCACCCCCCAAGCACACCUCCCUUCAGUCCAUGUAUGUGCCGCACCCCAAACCCGAGAGCAUCCUGGAGCCCUCUGGGCCAGACGUCUACCUGCACCACAAGCCGACCUCCAUCCACCAGUACCGACCUGAGAGCGUCCCUCCUCACGUGAGCUAUCACAGCAAGCCGGAUCAGCACCCAGCCUACCCUCCUCGAUCGGAGACGCCCACUUCUGCGAGCGCUCGCUACAACACCUACACAAACCAAGGGAGAAGCAGCUCUGUUGUCUACUCCAAACCUCGCAGCCGGAUGGAGUUCGCGUCCUCCGUGAGCCCCACAGGUCUGCGGAACGCCACCUAUGCUGAGGACCCUCCACCCUACCCCACCAUCCGCAGGGUUCAGUCGCUGCACGUUCCCACUCCGGCCGCCUCUGCCAUCCGCUCCGUCCCCAUUUCGCGCACCGAGGUGCCUCCAGACGAUGAGCCACUGUUCUGCCCGCGGCCCCUCUACCAGUACAAGCCAUAUCAGCCUCACUCCGACUACCAUGUCACUCAGCUGCAGCCUUACUUUGAGAACGGGAGGGUGCAUUACCGCUACAGCCCUUAUUCCAGCUCCUCCGGAUCUUCCUAUUACACCUCUGCCGAUGGGAACUUCUAUGACCUGGACCCCUACAGCACCAUGCGGGUCAGGCCUUUCCACCCGCUGCACAGCCGCGACUUCACGUCCUACGAGGCACGGCUUCACAGCAAGGGCUUGCACCGCUACCCCGGCCUGUCUGCUUACCCACGGGGCGGCCUCAUCGGCCACCUGGCAGGCAAGGAGCACAGCUUCAUCAGCAGGGACGUGCCUCCUGCCCCGGACAUCAAGCACAUGUACAUGUCGUGGGACCUGGAGGACAUGGAGAAGUACCGCAUGCAGUCUAUUCGCCGCGAGAGCCGCACACGGCAGAAAGUGAAAGGGCCGCUGAUGUCGCAGUAUGACAAUGUGACCCCGCUGCUGCCAGAGGACCCGGGAGGGCCGGAUAUCAUUCACUUGCGCAGCAAGUCAGACCCUGGGAAGAGCGGGCUACUCACUGUGGCAGAAGGGAAGGAGGGGAAGUACCCGGCCAAGGCAGCUACACCUGAUGGGGAGGAACGUUACUACAUGCAGCACCCUGAGCCAGAGCUGGACAGAGCCCACUACCACGGCGCCUACAGGAACGGGCAGCCGGAGAAGCCGUCCCUCCCCCAGAAGCAGAGCAGCAUCCGCAGCAGGAAGCUGCACGAGCCAACCUGCGGCGCCAGCGACCACCGGCCACAUCUGCAGCAGGAGCCGAGCCACAGGCAGCCUUCUGAACCCAAAAACGGACCUCCUUAUCCUGAUUACAGGCCCAAAGGCGCUGAGCCCGCCGAGCCCAUGGGCUACCAGCACUUGGGCAGGAAGUACAUCCUGGCAAACCAGGACACCAUGAGACUAAACCACAAGGAAGUGAGGCUGGCGGAGGACAGGCCAGAUUUGGAAAGGUCCCGAGCCAGGCCCAGCACGUCCAUUGAGAAACACCCCAGAGAUGGCUACAAGGAAGAGGAGCACGCAGCCUCCCCCAUGGCACCGCCGCCUUCACCUGAACGGAGCCACAGCCUCAGGGUGCAGCACCGCGAGUCCGUGGAGAAGGACUCUGCCCUCUUCUACCCGUACCAAACCCUUGGGAAACGCCAAAGCACUAUGACUGUGAUGUCCCAGUAUGAUAACGUGGAAGAUUACCAUACCAUGCCUCAGCACCAAAGAGGGGGCUAUGCUGGAGAAGGGGGGUGUGUGCCCCCCGCUUUUACCCAUGUGCACAGUAGAAUUUACGCCACAGCCCUCGGCCAGGGGGCCUUCCUUCCCACAGAGCUGUGUUUGCAAAGGCCUGAAACAGAGGUCCAUGUUGAGUGAGCACACGGAGGUAAAAGAAAUAAUGGAAAUAAUUGAAAUAAUAGAGUUUUAAACAGCCUCUGCUGGACAGUGGACUGUUUUAUUUUUUCAGCAAUGGAAAAAAAAAAAUAAAAUAAAUUCCUGCCCCAAUGAGCAAAGCAAACCCACCUUCAGCCCCAUCCCUCCCAGCCCACCACUCACUGUUUUUAUGUAGUAGAGAUACAGCUUUUUCAUGUCAUUUGAGACAACUGGAAUGACAGGGCAGGCUGUUGGCGCACAGAUAUUGCCAGAGAGGACAGGCAGAGCUGAAAGAGAUGCUGCUGGGGUAGGGGAAAGGAAGUUUUUUCUUUCCUGGAUUUAACAUUGGCCGUUAUUACCACUUCCUCACCAUGCCUCCAUUAUCCCAUGCAUGACAGACUGUGCAUGCUGCUGUUUUUGUGAGCCCCAUGUGUUGCCUUUCCCACUGUUAGCUCCCAAGAAAGAUUCUUCAUGACAUGCAGGAACUGCUUCCCCCCCCUCUGAGGUUAUGCAGGAAGAGCAGGUGGAAAGCUGCUGGAGCAGGGGGAGACCUCCUGAACACUUUGUCUUGAUCAAUGCCAAGGUCAAGCUUCUCCUUGAAAGAUUAUUGCUUAGGCAUAGCGGGUCCACUUCAACUGCUUUGAAGUGGGUGUGAGCCUAUUUUGACCUCAGCCUAGUGAAUAGGCUCUGAAGCAAAUCCAAAAUACAGCACACUUUCUAAAUUGCUUGCUUAACAAGUUGCUUCUGCCUACGUGAAAUCAAAUUACUUUAAAGGUUCUCUAGCAUAAGCAGAGGUCUGCUGUAGAAGCUGAGUAGAUCACAGGUCUACAUUUCUCAUACCAAAAGCCAACACAAGAAAACAACAGACACUUGGGAGCAGCACAUCCAUUUCAUGCCAACCCUUUAUGCUGCUGGGCUAGCUAUGGUGCAGACAAUUUAAUCCAUGUUGUGGCUAGCCAGUAUCCCCUAUCUACAGAAAGAGUAAGAUCUCCAUAGUGUUAUGCUCAGCUUGUAAAUUGGAGCACAGUUACUAGCUGGGAAUGAGUGUGCAAGUGCUGAGUUACCUGCACAGCCAGCUCUUUGCCCCGGGCCAGAUCCUGCAGCUCUUAGAUCAGGGAAGUGCUCCUAUUGACCUUAAGCUGAAGGCUGCAGGACACAGCUUUCUGUAAGCUUUCAGCUCUGUGUUGGCAAAGGGAUCCUUGUGAAGUCAUGGCACAUGCAGAGCAGUUAUGUGCUGUGGAAUAACAUUCCCUCCUGUAUCACAAGUGUAGAUGAUACCAGUAUUCAGUUAGAAGUAGGGACAGAAGGCCAGUGCACUCUGUAAUACACCAAUAUCUCUGUCCUAAGUAUUUAAAAGCUUUCUGUACUGUAAGAAAAGUCAGGCACCCACCCUGUGCAGCCUCCCAGACUUCCCAGCACCAACUACAACCCCACCUUACAAAGCACAUCCAUUUCGUUAGACAGGACUUGCAAGCAAUACUUGAGAUUUAGAAUUUUUAAAUGCUCACUGAUAAAUACCAAUUCCUGUUCUGUGUGGCUGAAGAACUUCUCUACCCAUUUCGAAUCUCUGAUGUUGUAUUAAAAAGCUGGAGGUCCUGCAGUUGGGACACAGCUGUGAAAGUUAAAGGGAGCUGACAUCAGUUGUGUUGGUUUUGUUUUGUUUUGUUUUUUUUUUUUUU